UUGUUUUUCCUUCUCUCGGUGAAUAACAGGUGCACGCCAAGUACCGACAGAGAUAAAAAUCGUGCGCGCUUUUGCUGUUCGGCAAGUAUGUGAUGAAAAAUCGAUUUUGUGACAUUUUGGAUAGUUUGUGAACUGUUACCAAUGACUCUGAGGAACGGGAAGAAGAAGAGGGACCAACUCAGCACUGUAGGGAGGAUGGCCCCUAAAUCAGAAGAGUCUUCAAAAUUUGAUCGAAUUCCUGCAGUAGAUGAUACAUUACGGGAGAAACAGAGACCCCCUCUUUACAACCCAGAAGAUUACGCUAUAUGGCUCAAGAAAUGGGGAAAGAAAACCGUAAAUGGCUCUGUAUCUCUCUAUUCCUCGUCCAGUAUGUCGGACUUGUCAGAUGGCAACCGCUCCCAAAGAAACUCCUUCAGAGACUACAGAAAUCCUAUGCUGAGUUCUUCAGGGUUGGAGAUGACCUUGAGGCAGUUCGGAACAGUUUCUGAACUUCUAGCCAAGUUGAAAAGCGAUCUUAGAUUGGCCUACCCAAGUUUCGUUCAAGAAUUCGUCGCAGAUCCAUUGGACGGUAUUACCCUUCUUCUGGACCUACUGAGAGCCAUCCAACUGAGCCAAUCUAACAAUGGUCAUCCGCAGCAGUGUUCCACCAACACAAUCACGAGACUUCCUCCAGCCGUCCAGAGAAGAACCCUCCUGGACGAGCUGUCUUGCUUGCAGUGCCUCCUCAAUUGUUGUUUGCGUUAUUCGGAAGCAGUUAGGAAGUUGACGUCUUCUUCUGCGGGCCUCUUCACGCUAACCAUUUGCAUAAUGAGUAACGUCAAUAAGUCUCGCAUCAUAGCUUUGCAGAUCCAUGGAAACAAGUUUGGAGGAGUAUGGAAGAAACUGCAGACUAGGCCAAACGGACAAGUCAGCUGUGGCGGUGGAUCUCCUCCAACCAGGGAUAUCUUAGCCGACUGCAAUCCAAGUACAGGUAAUUGCACACCAAAUUACCUGAGUCAACAUAGACAGACAGACAUUUUUAUUGAUCAUAAAAUCACAUCCACGCUCAGACUAAGGUUCGGAGAACCUGUGCGGUUCCGGUUUCUUGUGGGUAUGCUGAGCUCAGCAGGAGGUCAGGUUGAAUUGCUGGCAGCUGGCUUAAAGUUUCUGAAUAGGUUUCUCAAUACAGCCGGAUCUCCUCAACAACGGAUAUAUCUACAAGCUGAGUUGGAACAGGCUGGAUUCGAUAUUGUUACAAUAAAGAAGAAUAUUGGCUCCAGCAGUAAUUGCGAACUUGUUUUCGAUGAGCUCGACUUGUGGGAGAAACACUAUAUCGAUAUUGAGAGUUUGACGUUACGAGUGGAGAGAUCCCAGAAAGAAAACGACAAUCUGAAAGGCAAACUUUCCCUUCUGGAACAGAAAGUCCAAGUACUACAAGAAGAAAAAGGGAUUCUCAUAUCGUUGGACCAAUGUCUGAGAGACAAAUGCAGUGAGCUACGGGAAGAAGUUCAAUCCCUCAAAUCUACACGAUCACUUGAAAUUCCAACACACAGAUCCAAAAAUCAUGUUGACUCCACUCCUGAUGACGAAGGAAUCUCCUCUUCAGAGCGCACUCCAACCCCAGAAGAAGAAAUCCAACACUCCAACUCGAUGUUUGAGAUAUAUGGCACCCGCUGCAACGCUAUUACCUCACAUCAAGGCCUGGAAGUACAAGAUUCGGAUGACGAAACAACCAUCGAAGAUGUUAUACAAGAGCUCAGAGAUAUUAUAAGCAACGAGGAGUCCGGAACCUCCAAUAAAGAGAACUCAAAUCUGUGCAGAGACAUUGAAGAGAAUGGGUCGAUGAAGAAAUCUGGAAGAAUCCAACGCCGGAUGGAUUUGGACGAUUACGCCCUCAGUAGCGAUUUCGAAAUCGUUCCUUCCAAUUUACUGCCUAAGCCUCCCAGGAAAACUCGAAGUCUGCUUCAUCUGUUCAUACCGCCGGAGGAUUAUGAGUACGGCAACAAGGAACUGUUUUUCGAUAAUGGCUCCUUAACCUCAGAUAGUUCUUUUUCCCCCAUGAGUGUGUCGAAGUACUGCCAAACUACUGUCGAGAAUAAACAGUCAGAAGCACCACAGAUGAAGAAAGUAGCUACACUGUCAAAGAGGCAAACGUCCAGAACGAGUGUCAAACGGACAGAAUCUUUCAGGCAUUUACCCAACGCACUGGUGAAGACAAGUAAUGAAGGAUUGGACUUCCACAGCAACACCCAAAUAACAAGUCAUUCAGUGGAACAGCAAACUCUGCUCAACAACACAUUGGACAGAACGAAAUGCAAGAGUUUGGACAGAAUAGGAGACGGCCUUGAGACUUUCGUUGAUAUUAUCGUCACAGCGGAAACGAAAUCAUCCCCCUUUCGUUCCAAGAGCGAUUCUGGCAACGUUUCUGGCACUUCCAUCUGCAGGACUAUGUCCACUGUUUUUGUGAAUAACAAAGCAACUCUCAGUAGAAAAAUGAGUACACAUUCAGAAGACAAACAGAGGAUGUUCUUGCCAUCUCAGGAUCAGAGCGAAGUACUGUAUUAUUUUCCUAGGAUACAAGAGAAGAGGAAUAACAGCAGUGCCAGUUUUCUACUCAACAGAGGAUAUAGUAACGCAGGGUUGUAUUCCGGACAUAUUAAUGAUGACCAUCAUUCGUACUUCUCAAGAAGUAAGGAAAUAGUUGGUAGCGAUUGUAGGAGUUCUGGUAAACUCACAGAUUUUCCAUCAGGUUUAUAUUGAACCUGCUGAGAAUGUCUGAGGAUCAUUAUCUAUAUAAUUUUGAAGGUUUCACGAAUUUUGUUAUAUAGGUUUUCAAUAAUCAAAACUUACUAUUAGAUAGUAUUCGAGACUCUAUCAAAAUGGUUAACAAACUGUUUGACUGCAUACUCCCAAGUCUAAAGGCAGUAGCUAGAUAAAGCUUCCUGAGAAACUGAGUCAUUCCGCCACACAUACGGAGUUAGUGAUAUGAUUAGUAAAGUACCAGCCAGUUGCUACAGUACAAAUAGUUGCUAUGUUUCGUAAGGAAGGCCCUUUAUGAUUCAAAAACCUCUAGUUAUAUCGAGAAUAGUCUGAACAGCAUGAAAACCCAGAUCAACAUCUAACACAGACAAUACGGACUGACUCAAAUAUUGAAAUUGGCAGUAGCUAAUCAUGUUUUUUGAAUGAGGACGGUACUUAUAGUUUCAGGGCUGCCUUUUUUUCUGUCACCCACUCAUGGUUCAUAGAAUCUGGAUAAAUCCUAAUUUGUAACAUGGAAAAUAAAAGAAUUAAACCGUUCCACGACCAAAAGACAACCUCUCAUCGCAACAUUGAAACUAGAACCAGUCACAUUCCACAAAAUCAAUCUGCUCAUCAUUAGAUUAGAUUCUCAAAGAUUCACUACAACCUAUUCAAAUCUAUUGUGAUGCUCCUUGGUUGUUGGAGAUCAUUGUCUAGCUUGAUCUCUUUAAUGAGACUCCAUAGCCUUGCCAUUGACCCCUUCGAAUAGCAGACAGCCUCUGGUUUCCCACAUCUUGCGUGUCUCAGCCUGGCUAUCGACGGAAACUUCAUGGUAGGUGCUCAUUGGGUUGCGACAAAAAUAUCCUGGACGAAGGACAAAGAAGUCGAUGAAAAGUGAAAGCUGAUAUUCUUUCACUCACUUUACAGUGAAGAAUGCAUUCUUUAAAGUUGUUUGGAGCAGCAAAAAAAACUGGUGCUUUCCAAUGGAGACAAAAAGGCUAUUGGAACUAUUUUGGAUAUCAACAUUCUCGUCAGCUAAGGAGUUUUAAAGGAGAACUCCACUCUUCCUGAAAUUAUUGGACUCAGAAAGUUGUGAGGCUUCCUGUUUCUUUCAAGGUAGUGAAUGAUUUUUCAUUCUAAUGAUACAGAACUUCAAUUUGAUCAACUGCUCAGUAUAACAACACUUUCAACUUCAAAUGAAGUGGAAUUUUGAUGAGAUACAUCAUCUGAAAGAAUCAAUCAGUUGACCAUGAAGUUGUUCAACUCAUUUUUAAAACAUCUGCAUAUUUUUUGAACGUAUUCGCCAUUGCUCCUCAAUUUUUCUUUUUCUGGUUGUCCACUGUUGGAGAAAUAAUUGUGCAUAUUUUCCCGAAUAAACAAAUACCAAUAUAUGUUGGAGGGCUCUUUUUUCUACCAUUAUGAGUGUGAUUAUAUUAGUUCUUUCGCCGAACAGAUGUGGUGAUCACAUAUAUAGUAUUCCCAAUACCAAUUGGAACAGCACAGAGAAGGAAUUCCCGCCUCGACAUAGGCGUCGGCAUAUUAUUUUU